AUGUUCCCAUCCACUCUGCAUAAUCCCAACACAUUUCCUUCCGUCUUUCUUCUUGCCCUUCUUACUCUUCUCAGUUUCCCCAUCUCUUCUAACUCUCAAACCAGUAAUAUCGAUCCAGCUCCGGGACCACGGAGUGAUCACUGUGUAUUCGCCCACAAUGGCAGCUUUUACGUAUUUGGUGGUGUGGGCAAUGUAAAUAAGGGCAAUGAUAACCAUUCCUACUUUAGUUACAUCAAAGCGCCCUUCGAUGUAACAGAUCCCAAAUGGACUUCUCUGCCAGUAGCAAAGGCCACAAAAGUUAGUCGGCCAGCGUGCUCUGUUACAUCAGAUGGUAUCUUAUACGUGACUGGCGGUGAUCCAAGUGAUAAUAAGUAUGCCGGCAUUCAAUCGUUUAAUUUGGAAAAAGGUCAAUCGGGCACUUGGGACACACCACCAAAAACUAGGGGAUUAAAUACGAGUCAAUAUUUGUCGCAUCGACGUGGCCAUAAGUCCAUUGUCGUAAAAACGUCAUCGGGAGAAGUGUUGUUUAUCUUUGGAGGGUCUGAGUCGAACGAUGCGUUUAUUUUAAAUGUAACAACUUCAACUUGGAAAACUGUAGAUACAACAGGGCCUGACGCUCCACCAUCCAUGGGCGCAUUCGCCAUAACUUCCUCUAACGAUAAAAUCUAUAUCAUUGGUACUCCCACCGAAGAGUCUGGCAGAAACCUGUGGGCAUUCAAUAUUCCAGAGAGGAGAUGGUUUAAUCCGCAUAUUCCCGUAGAUAUUCCUAUGAAUGACGUUAAGUAUGAUGCAGGGAUAUAUAACAAUACAGUUUACUUGAUUUCGUCAUCGUCAAUGUGGAAAUGGAAUUUGGUUGAUAACCAUACUGAUACACAAGCCCGUACUGGUCUGCAGACUUAUGAUUACACUUUUGCACAGUUGCCUAACGGCGCUGUUUUUAUUACCUAUGGCGGGAAAACCGGCUCCAAAGCAACUGAUACCUUAGCCGCAUUCAACGUGACCCAAAAUAAUUGGGUUACUCAAGUCAAUAAACCCGAUCUUCCCCAUGAUCCUCCCCAAAAUCCUCCCAAUGAUCCUCCGAAUACCGGUAUCAACAACAACUACAACAAAGUUAUAUUAGUAUUAGAAUGUGGAAUACCGCCGUUAAUACUAUUGGCGGGCAUAGUUUCAGGCUUGUGUUUGUAUAAACGGAAAAAAAAUAAAAAAGAGGAGGAGGAAGAGCUGACAAUAGUGGAAACUUGGGGGGCCUUUUUUGGAAACAACACUGAAACUUUUCAGAAGGACAUUGAAACUGGUUUUCGGAAGAGUGCUGAAACUGAUUCUCAGAGAGACAGUGUACAGAUCUAUCGACCACUCAAUUUUGAAGCGUCUGGUUUUCGACGUGAACGUUGCUCAAUUCCGUCAGACACAACUUCAGUACCCGACUUUCAAACAUCCACAACUUCACAUCAUACGGUGAAACCGAACUUUACCCUCCCUACUCCAUCAUCAGUUGUAAACGAACUCUGCCCUCGAUAUAAAGAGACGGCUUUUCCAUCGGCUCCAGAGGGUACUAUUCUAUCUAACCGAUACAAACUCAAGGGAGAGCCAGCAUUCGAUGUCAGCAAAUCCGUUCGUUAUGCAAAGGAUGAGACUGUGAAUAAAGACGUGGCGGUAAAGUUUUUCUCAAACAAAGAUUCAUUUGAUUGCGAGGUUAAGAUGUUGAGAUCUCUUCGAUCGGACUUUGUUGGUGCGUUGCACGACGCAUUUGACAUUUCCAAUCCCACUUAUUGGAAACAUGCUAUGAUCAUGGACUAUUAUCCUAUGAGCUUGGAUGUCUUUAUCCUUAGCAGAACCGAUAGCUUGGAUGAAUUGUACGUGAAGAUGAUAGUGAGGUCAUUGGCACAAGCAAUACAGUAUGUUCAUAGUCACGGAAUAGUGCAUCUGGAUAUUCAUCCUGGAAACUUUGUACACGAGGUUGGAGACAUAAACAAGUGGAGAUUGAUUGAUUUUGAGUCGGCGAGGGAAGAUGGAAAAGAAGAUGUUGAUAUCAGUACAUUGGGAUAUGCUUCGCCCGAACUAAUCAAUGCAAGUGCAUGGGGUACUAGUAUUAAAGCAGAUACAUCGAUGGAUAUGUGGUCGUUGGGGUGUACGAUAUACGAGCUGUAUACUGGAAGUCCUCUGUUCUUAAAUGAUCAGGAGGCUACUAAUAGAUUAUUGGGCGCAUAUUAUACGAAGCACUUUGAAUUUCCUGUUAAAAAAGUAUCCGACGUUCAAGCACGCCACAUACUCGGGAAGUUGUUGGCCGUUAAUCCUAUGGAGAGGGCUUCAGUUAAGGAAAUUUUAAAAGGAGCAUAUUUGACUGGCGGUGCUGAUAGCGCUCAGAUACGCAAUAUGCAGUCAGAAUCCACCCAGAGGAUCAUUAACACCGUACACCAGAGUACGAACGUUCUUCUUUCCAACAUGCAAGAGGCCACUAAUAUGAUAUUGUCACAAUUCGAUGUGGUCGUGAAUAGUAUAUCUGAUACUAGAGAUGCGAGCGUCCCCCGCUUGUUCAUGUUAUUACCGGAGAAAGAGUCUUACAAAAUGUUUAAACCAUACGCUUGGGGAAAAAAUACAUUCAUAGUUCACAUUCUUUGUGAAGGUCUCAUUGCUGAUAAUAGCGAAGCCCAUUUCACUGACCAUCCUGGUUACAAGAUAUUACAUGCAAACCAGUUUCUUGCCAAGGCUGGCCCAUACCUCUCUAUCUUGGCCACUCUCAUAGGGGAGGCUAUCUGUUUGUUUACAGGAAUAAGAAAAAUCCCUUUUAAGACAGACAUCGACAGGAUAGUGUCCAAUCAAAGUAAAUACUUCAAUCAAUUAUGUGAAGCUAUUAACCAGGUAGAAACAGAUAAGUUUGUUGCAAGCAAUCUAGAAGCAGAACGUGAUCCAGUGGAGUGGAUGAAAUAUGCACAAGACGCUGCACUACGUGAAUUUAAAGCGUUCCUGGAAGUGAAUGAUCCUUCGGGCGAAUUCGGUGGAUUGUGUAGUAUUACCAUGCGUGAUGGACGAUGGAGAUGGGUUUGUGAUAGUUGCAAGGAAAAGGCAGAUCACGGACAUUAG